AUGGGGCUACUUGUGGGCAGCUAUUGUAUAAGGCGCAAUUCAAUGCUUAUGGUCAACCUCUUGGCUGUCGCUGGUGGCUGCCUUAUGGGGUUCUGCAAAAUAGCGCAGUCGGUUGAAAUGCUGAUCCUGGGCCGAUUGAUUAUUGGCCUCUUCUGCGGCCUCUGCACAGGCUUUUUGCCCAUGUACAUUGGAGAGAUCUCUCCCACUGCCCUACGGGGGCCUUCGAUCUUCAGUCUGAAAGUCAUCAUGGGAACUGAAGAGCUUUGGCCCCUGCUCGUGGGCUUCACCAUCAUUCCAGCUGUCCUGCAAAGCACCGCCCUUCCAUUUUGCCCCGAGAGCCCUAGAUUUUUGCUCAUUAACAGAAAGGAAGAGGAGAAUGCUAAGGAGAUCCUCCAACGAUUGUGGGGCACCCAGGAUGUGAGUCAGGACAUCCAGGAGAUGAAAGAUGAGAGUGCUAGGAUGGCACAAGAAAAGCAAGUCACUGUGCUGGAGCUCUUCAGAUCGCGCAGCUACCGACAACCCAUUAUCAUUUCCAUCAUGCUCCAGCUCUCCCAGCAGCUCUCUGGAAUCAAUGCUGUGUUCUAUUACUCAACAGGAAUCUUCAAAGAUGCAGGUGUUGAGGAGCCAAUCUAUGCCACCAUUGGUGCAGGGGUGGUCAAUACUAUCUUCACUGUUGUCUCUCUGUUUCUGGUGGAAAGGGCAGGGAGGAGAACUCUACAUAUGAUUGGCCUUGGAGGGAUGGCUGUUUGUUCCAUCCUUAUGACCAUCUCGUUGUUAUUAAAGGAUAACUAUAAUUGGAUGAGUUUCUUCCUGAGCUUUGUUUGUAUCCGGGCUAUCUUGGUCUUCGUAGCCUUCUUUGAAAUUGGCCCAGGCCCCAUCCCCUGGUUUAUUGUGGCCGAACUCUUCAGCCAAGGACCCCGCCCAGCUGCAAUGGCAGUGGCUGGUUGUUCCAACUGGACCUCCAAUUUCCUGGUUGGGCUGCUCUUUCCUUCUGCUGCAUUCUACUUAGGAGCCUAUGUAUUUAUCAUUUUCACUGGCUUCCUCAUCGUCUUCUUGGUCUUCACCUUCUUCAAAGUCCCUGAGACCCGUGGCAGGAUUUUUGAGGAAGUCACCCGAGCCUUCGAAGGGCAGGCGCAGGAUGCCAACAGAGCGGAGAAGGGCCCCAUUGUGGAGAUGAACAGCAUGCAGCCAGUGAAGGAUCUUUUCACUUAG